AAAGAAAAAGGGUAAUUGAAUUUAAAAAGGACCUCAACAACACUCAAAACCCGAGAGUUUUUUAUUCCUUUGGCUUGCUAAAUUCUCAAACGUAAAUCUUUGGUCGCAGCUUUUGAUCCAAUCUUAAGGCAAUGGGAAAGGACUCAAAGGCCAAGGACUCAGGUGCAAAGGGUAAGGGAAAACAGGCAGCAAGUGGGAGUGAUGAGAAUGCAUCAAAGGGUAAAGGGAAAGGUGGAAAGGCAGCAGAUGGGCUUGGCACCUGUACAUAUGUCAAAGCAAGGCAUAUCUUAUGUGAGAAGCAAGGGAAAAUUAAUGAAGCAUACAAGAAGCUGCAGGAUGGCUGGCUUAGCAAUGGAGAUAAGGUUCCGCCAGCUGAGUUUGCAAAGGUAGCUCAAGAAUAUUCUGAAUGUCCAUCAGGGAAGAAGGGUGGAGAUCUUGGAUGGUUUCCACGAGGUAAGAUGGCUGGUCCAUUUCAGGAGGUUGCGUUCAACACACCUGUUGGGGUUACAAGUGCACCAUUCAAAUCAACACAUGGAUACCACAUAAUCUUAUCUGAAGGGAGAAAGAACUGAUUCUAUGCAGUAGAAUUAAGCUGAGCGUGAGAUGAACUUAGUGUGGAAAAUAACAUAUGGGAUUCACUUGGCUUAAUGCCUGGAUGUUGCUUUCCUUUAAAGUAAAAUGUUCUUGAAGUCUGUAUUUUGGAUUGGUAAGGAUUUUCUGGGUGUAUAUUGAUCAGUAAUCCUAUUGGAUGAACAUCCUCUAGUUAUCAUGGAGUUUUUAAAAUCCUAUUUGUACAUUUUGAAGAUUGGUAUCCUAUUGGAUUAAGAUCCUAUUUCUUAA